AUGACAGUCGAAGCAAAAACGUUCACGAACAAAUCUAAUGGCGAAACAUUCACAAAAGGCACUUACAACGGUAUUGAAGUCUUACGUAGAGACAAGGAUGGUUAUAUAAAUGUAACAAAUAUGUGUCAGCAGUUUAGGAAAGACUUUAGAAAGUUGUUGGAAAAUAAGUCCUGGGAAGAGUAUUAUACGGCAUUUUGUGAAGAAUAUACCAACCGCCGGAAUUCCGACGGUUGCUUUUUAUACAAGGUUCAUGCAGGAAUUCCUGAUGAAAUCAAACAGGUUAGAGGAACGUAUGUAGACCCAAGACUUGUAAACUAUAUUGCAAUGUGGGCUUCUCCAAAAUAUUGUAUAGCAGUUGGAAAAAUUAUGGACUCCAUAGACAAGAAAGUUCAUGAGAAAUUAGAUGAAGAAGAACUUGAAGAUACAGUAGAGAAUGCAAAACCUUUGUUUGAAGAAGAA